CAAUGGAUCCUCCAUUAUAAAGAGAGAGAGAGAGAGUGUGACUGAGUGUGAGAGAGAGAGAGAUGGGGAGGAGUCCAUGUUGCUCCAAGGAAGGACUAAACAGAGGAGCUUGGACUGCCCUUGAAGACAAUAUUCUUGCUAAUUACAUUACGGCCCAUGGAGAAGGCAAGUGGAGAAACCUCCCCAAGAGAGCUGGAUUGAAGAGAUGUGGUAAGAGUUGCAGACUUCGAUGGUUGAAUUAUCUGAGACCAGACAUCAAGAGAGGUAACAUUUCUGAUGAUGAAGAAGAACUCAUCAUCAGACUCCACAAGCUUCUUGGUAACAGAUGGUCUCUAAUAGCUGGCAGGCUACCUGGAAGAACAGACAACGAAAUCAAGAACUACUGGAACACUAGUCUUAGAAAGAAAGCUAAAUUAGCUUCUGAAUCAUCAUCGGAAAAGCUAGCUAAUGAAUCCCAAACCUCAUCGCAAGCACCCAAACUGAUCCGACCAAACGCAAGUAAAGUCUUGGUCCCAGUAUUACCAGCAGCAGCAGCACCACCACCACCACCACUUGGAAUUCGAACUAAUGACCAGUUACAGACUAGUACUCCAUUGUUAAUGGAUGAUCAAGAUCCUCAACGUUCCGGGGACUUGGAUUAUUUGAACGUUGAGGAUUGCGGAAAUCUUGACUUGGAUUACUUAUUGAAUUUUGAUGGAGAGUGUGAUGAUAGUGAUUAUAACAAGGAUUUGUCGUCCAUUAUGGGUCCUGAUCAUCAUCAGUACUUACAUGAGGAUUUAUUGUUGAAGGAGUAUGAUAAUGCCAAUUUGGAGCUUGAAUCUUUGGCAUUAUUGCUUAAUUCCGAGGAAUGGCCAGUAUUCACCCCCCAGAAAAAUGAUAGCCAGUCACCACCAUAAUCUUUCUUUUCCUUGGUCUUUGUCAUAGCUAGCUAGUGAUUCUACUUUAUUUCUCUCUUUGUUUAAAGAAAAUUAGUCAGGUCACGUUGGAUAUCCCGAGUCAUAUUUGAUCCCACCCCGCUUUGGUAAA